UUGAAAGCGUUUGUCUGCAGUUAGAAAGUUCUGUCCUCAACAGACCCUUCCCCAGGGUUCUUCUCCCUGUGACCCAGCAGCCUGAGGCCUCGUCUCCGCCACGCUUGCUUGUGAAUAAAGAACUCUAGCGCCGUGUGUGUGCGCGCACACCCCCAAGCACACGCACACGUGCACACAUGCUUUUUCCCGUUCCCCUUCUUCGCUUUCUGAAGGCUGGGGAGAUUGGUGACAGAGGUGUUUCCGUUUUCAUUGUUGUGUGGGCUUUUCACUUUUUUGUUUUGUUUUUGUUUUUGACACAUUCAAAAGCCAUUCAUGAUCAGAUCUAGGAAACACACCCCGAAUAGACACAAAACUUUUGAAUGCUGGAUUCCAAAAAAAAAGUUGUCUGGACAGCUUCUUUGAGACUAUUUAAAAACUGGUUCAACAGGUCUCUGCAACGUCAAGAUGUAACUAAGCUUUAAAAGGGAUAGCUGGGAGUAUGGCCACCCUGCUCCACGAUGCAGUAAUGAACCCGGCAGAAGUUGUGAAACAGCGCAUGCAGAUGUACAACUCGCCACACCGGUCGGCCCUCGGCUGCAUGCGGACGGUUUGGAGGACUGAGGGCCUGCGGGCCUUCUACCGGAGCUAUACCACGCAGCUGACCAUGAACAUUCCCUUCCAGUCCAUCCACUUCAUCACCUAUGAGUUCCUGCAGGAACAGGUCAACCCCCACCGGGGCUACAACCCACAGUCCCACAUCCUCUCCGGCGGGCUGGCCGGGGCCCUGGCCGCGGCCGCCACCACCCCCCUGGACGUCUGUAAGACCCUUCUUAACACUCAGGAGAACAUGGCGCUCAGCCUGGCCAACAUCAGCGGCCGGCUCACGGGCAUGGCCAACGCCUUCCGGACCGUGUACCAGCUCAAUGGCCUGCCCGGCUACUUCAAGGGCAUGCAGGCCCGCAUCGUCUACCAGAUGCCCUCCACUGCCAUCUCCUGGUCCGUCUACGAAUUUUUCAAGUACUUCCUCACCAAGCACAAGCUGGAGAAUCGAACUCCGUACUAAAGGAACAGGCUGUGGGCAGCGAUUCCAGAAUCUUGUAUUUUUAAAAGGUUUUCCCUGCCUGCUUCCCUUCCCGUGCCCUCACAGCGGGAUUAUUUUUGCAGGGUGUUCUCGGGGGGGCCUUCCGUUCCCUGACGCCUUGGAGAGAGGAGAGGAUGGGACAGCCGCCUACCAGAGGCCGUCCGCAGGGACAUCCGAGGUGGUAGUAGGGGGGGAAAGACUUUGGAAGGAAAGCGAGAAAUUGCUUUCUAUUUCCUCCCCUAUGAGGAAUGUAGCUUUCCUGCUUCACUGUGGCAGGCCCCGCCCCUCGAAUCAUAGGUCACACAGUGGGGAAGAAAGUGCAUGACUGAAAACCAUGAACGCAGAAAGAGCACAUUAUGUAUAUAAAAGUUCUAGUACACAGUAUAAAUUGGAUGGGUAAUGUUUAUUCUUUAUUUUUCUACGUAGAGGUUUUUGGAUUUGUGUGUGUGCGUGCCUGUGUGUGUACGGAUAAGUGUGACAGCUAGGAAUACAAAGCUGAUUUUAAAAAAUGGAGGGUGGAAUUCUUCCAUUGGGUUAGAUAAAAAGGCACCCAAGUAAUAAAUUGCUAAAUGUGGCCUAGAGUUGUGUUGAGCCCCCAAAUGGGAGUUUCACUUGAAUGUAAAAUAAUAAAUGUGUUUAUAUUUUUGAA